AUGAAAUUCUUAGCUGUCUUAUGUUUAAUUUUAAUUGCUUUUGCUUUUGCCUCUGCUAAUAAUCAUGGAUGUAAUAAUCAACCAUGCGGAAAAGGAAGAAUUUGCCACACCUUAAAAGGUUUCUGUAGUUGUAUUGAAAUCCCACAAUGCAAAGAUGUAGAGUUACUUUCACAAGUAAAGAACAAAUGGGAAGUCGACAAUAAAAAAUUCACUCAAUAUGAUGUUGCAAUUAAAAAUAACCUUGACUUUGAUAUCACCCAAAUCUACAUUGGUACUGAUGCUUCAUUAACAUUGAGAGACUUUUCCUCAAUUUGGAAUGUAAAUAGAUUACCAAAUGGUGAACUCACCUUACCAGGUUAUCAAUUAUCAGUCAACAAAAAUUCAACCUACACAUUUGGUUUCAUUAUUAAUGGUGAUUGUAAUCCAAACCUUGAAAUCUUAGCUGUUACUUUUUAA